UCCCUGGAGAGCACGAGGCGGAUGUUGCAGCUGGGUGAGCAGAGUAAAGAUGCUGCGAUCAGAACUUUGGUUAUGCUGGACGAACAAGGAGAGCAGUUGGAGCGUAUAGAGGAGGGUUUGGAUCAGAUCAACUCUGAUAUGAAGGAGGCCGAGAAAAACCUGACCGACCUGGGCAAGUGCUGUGGCCUCUGCUCCUGUGAUAAAUUGAAGGCCUUUGAGGAGAGCUCGGCGUACAAGGCGGUGUGGGGAGGAGGCUCCGGUCAGGACGGCGUCGUUUCCAAUCAGCCGCCGUCGUCUCACGUGGUGGACGAGAGGGAGAUAAUGAUCAUGAGCGGAGGAUACAUACGGAGGGUGACAAACGACGCCCGAGAGGACGAGAUGGAGGAGAACCUGACUCAUGUCGGCAGCAUCAUCGGGAAUCUGAAGAGCAUGGCGCUGGACAUGGGCCACGAGAUCGACACCGGGAACGUCCAGAUCGAACGCAUACAGGGAAAGGCUAUCCUCAACGUGUCCCGCAUCGACGCCGCCAACCAGAGAGCCAACAACCUCAUUAAACGAUAGAAGGAGCUGCUCCCCGUUCUCCAUCCUUCCUGCAGUUACUGUGCUUUUGCAUGCCGUGCCAAAGUGUCUCUACUGUAACUGUACUCGUGUCCAGCUGUCUCGUCUUUAUAGUAUUCCUAUUUAUUCUCUUAAUAUCUGAUAGUGGUAGUUCUUGCUGUGGGGGAUUGCACAGCUACAGGCCUUACACACUGCGGACUUCCCCUCCAGGUGGCCUCUGCGCUCACUCGGCUGAGAGUGUUAGAGCAUACGAAGCUU